AGGAGAUGGAGUUUUACAAACAUCGUGUCCGCAAGCUGAGGUGGAAGGAGGCUGAGAAAUGAGGAAGACCACACACUGCAUGUUGGCCCAGAGCUGGCGUACAGCAGCUGCACCUUUUCCCUUAUGGGGAAUAAAGUGCAUCCACUGAAGUACACUUUGAUGUGUGUGUCCUGAUGGGUUUUGUGUCUUCCCAGACAGUCCAUCCCCAUAACAUUGUGGCUUUUUUGGUACCUGCUGGCUGCUUGGCAGUCCCACCACAAACCACUGGGUGUAGGGUGCUGCCACCAUGAAGGACUUGGUUAAGCACGUGGCGCUGAAGACCCACCCGUGUCAGGAGUGUGGCAAAUCCUUCAGCAAGAAGGGAAACCUGAGGAGACACCAGCGGAUCCACACAGCAGAGGAGCUCUUCACUUGCGGGGAGUGUGGGAGACGCUUCACCACCCGGGGCCACCUCACAACCCACCAGAGCAUCCACACAGGAGAGAGGCCUUUCUGCUGUGGGGAGUGUGGGCGCUGCUUCCGCCUGGAGAUAUGCCUGGCCGCCCACCAGAAGACACACGCUAAGGGUGGUCCCUACCUCUGCGCCCGCUGCGGCAAAAGCCUGAGCACAAAGAUCUACUUCAACAUCCACAUGCGGACCCACACGGAGAAGAGGCCAUUCGCCUGCACCGAGUGCGGGAAGAGCUUUGUGAAGAAGGGGACGCUCACGGCCCACAAGGAGAUCCACAAGCGAGAGAAGCCCUUCAAAUGCCCUGACUGCAGUAGGUGCUUUGGGCAAAGCGCCAUGCUGCUGGCCCACCAGAAGAUACACCUCCGUGGGGGACCUUUCAUUUGUACAGAGUGUGGGAAGAGCUUGAGCACCAAGCGGUAUUUCAAUGUCCACCAGAGGAACCAUGCUAAGCAAAAGCUACUUGAGGGACACACCAACGGUGUGUCUUUCCAGGUCAUCCAGCUUAAAGCAGAGCCUGAUUUUGCUUUCAUGUCAGAGGAGAAUAUGUUGGACAAUAUGUCCCAUGAAGGAGAUGUGGCCCAGGGGUGUAGCAUACCUAGAAACCCAUCUAAUCCCAAUAACCCUCCUUGGAAAAUCCAGAUGAAGGAGGAACCAGAUCCACUCACUGAUGACACAGCAAACAUUACUGCAAUAGCCUGCCAGAAACUUUACAUCAAGGAAGAGCCACCAGAAAACCCAGAUUAUGGAAAGCUCUUUGAUCCAAAGAUGCCACUGAUGGGCCAGGGGAGACAGGUUAAAAAGGAAGAAGAUGCUGAUGGGCAGUAUGAACAGGAAAUCCCCAUAGCCAGUAACCGGGUGCUUCAUAUGAAGGAAGAACCACAAGAAAGCAUUGAAUUUGGGAUGUAUUAUGGGCAGAAGCCAAACCUCAGUGCUAUCCAGAGGAUUCAAAUUAAAGAGGAAUCUGGUAUUGAGGUCAACCACGAGGAGAGCCAGAGCCCAAAGAGUAAGCAGAAGAAAUGCUAUCAGCCCACCAAAGAGGGGAUUCUGGAGAACCAGGAGAAAUCCAUGUCCAAGAAAGAUCCCUCAGCAAAAGGAACUCCCAAGGGUGGACGGAUCUUCCCCUGCCCCGAGUGUGGGAAGAGUUUCAAUCAGAAAUCCAACCUGACCAGACACAGGAAGAUUCACACAAGCGAGGGGCCGUACAAGUGCAGCGAGUGCGGGGAGAGCUUCCGGAUGAACCGCAAGCUGAUCCGCCACCAACGAGUCCACGUCAGCGAGCCCUUCAAAUGCACCGAGUGUGGGAAGAGCUUCACCCAGCGGUCAAACCUGGUUCGGCAUCAGAAGAUUCACACCAAGGAGGAGCCCUACCAGUGCCCUGAGUGCGAGAAGACCUUCAACCAGAAGGCCAACCUCUUCCGGCACCAAACAAUCCACAUCCGCAUGGGGCCUUGCAAGUGCACCAAGUGUGGGAAAUGCUUCCCUCAGAAGCGCCAUCUUAUUAAACACCAGCUGCUCCAUUCCCGAGGUGGGGCCUACAAGUGUGGGGUCUGUGGGAAGCGCUACCGGCUGAAGAAGUACUUGAGGAGGCACCAGAAAAUCCAUGCACGGGAAGGAACUGUUCCCCGUGCAAAACAGGGGGAGGGCACAAGGACUGGUGGUGGAACCCACUACACUGAGCAGACAGGAGACCUCAUGAAGAAUGAAGAGGAGAGUUGAGUGGGUCUGGUGCCUGCUUCUGGGGGAAAGCCCUUUGGGAGGGAUGGAGACAAACUCUGCCAGCCUUAUGUGUGCAGUAUUCGGGGGUGGGGAGGUCAACCUGAGGGGACAGAGCACUGCUGGAAAUUGGUCCUCUGAUGCUGUUUUCAGAGUACAACCCUGAGGGUAUCAACCUGCUCACAGCUGUGAGAUGGGACUGGAGAGCCAAGCCUCCUGAGAGCACUUGGAGAUGGAGGGGUAAGAGCUUAGCCCCCUUCAUAAUGGUAAUUUGUGCCUCUAAAGCCUGCCAAAGUUGUGGAUGCCAAAAUUGUCUUGUGUGGGCAAUAUUAAGCCAGGAGGACUGGGUAGGAUUUGUUUUUAUUGUAUUACUGUGUUUCUGAGAAAGUUGAAGGGGACCUCUCCCACUUAGGCAAAGGUUUAAAGCAAGGGCCCGCUCCUACUUCCCCCUCAUGUAGCUUUGAUCAACACCUUGAUCCUACUGGGAUGAAGGUCCCUAGUCAACUGGGUGGUAUUGGGAGAAACUACUGCCAGCCAGACCAGGGUUUUAAGCCUUGAAUCCCCCAAACCAGGCUCCCAGAUUGGCUUCUGGAGCAGAAAAGGCAGACAUCUAGGGGAAAACAACACGUUUAGGAUGUUCUAGGGGAGUCUAAGGGACACCCUUGUUAGAAAAAUGAGUCUGGGCCAUAUGGUGAGUAGAUGCUUCACUGUGGGACUGGGAAACCAUGUUCCUUGGGAAGAACAUGGGUGAGCCAAACCAGCAAAUGAAAACAGCCUCUGUUAGGCUUGCUGAGGGACAGAGGUAGAGCAGAGCCCUUCAGUGGGGAGAAAACAAUCACCUGAUGGCUGGUAUUUAUUUCCUUUUCAUUAGCCUAGUGAAGGGCUGUAGAGAUUUUUACCAGGAAGAAGUAGUUUGCCCGUUUUAUUAUUGUGUCCCUGCACAUAGAGAGUGCAGUGAGUCAAUGUCAGUAGCUUUCCCAGACAUCACUGGAUCUCCCAACAUUGACCGUGGUCAGUGUGGAUGCCCCAGCUUCUGGGGAAAAUCAGGGCUGAUAAUUUGUAGUAUCUCCUCA